CCAAACUACGAAACAGCCGUGCUGAUCUGGAUUUCUAGGGUUUUCUUCUUCUCUCCACCCCCCCCCCCCCAAUAAAUAAAAUCCCUUUCUUCUACACUCCGCCACCACCACCCCCACCCCUCUCUACUCCUCUCUUCCCCUCUUUACUCUUCUCUUCAAAACGUAAGAUCAGAGUUUUUGAAAUCUCCAGUCGUCGGCGAUUCCACUUUCGAAAUCCGAUCAACAUCUUCUUCUUCUUCUUUUUAUUUUUUUAUUUCUUCUUUCAUCAGAAACAUAAAGUCACAUAAUCUGCAAGUGUAAACGGAUUCGAUAUUGUUUUGAGAUUUAAAAAUAUGAAGAGAUCGAGGAAAUCAAACAGGGUUUCUUGGGCUCCAGAUGUUAAUCUUUGUCAGGUAAAGCUGUUUCUAAUGGGAGAUUGUCCUUUGAAGGUCGGUGUUGAACCUGAAGUUAAUCUUGAAGCAAAAUCAUGGACAUUGCAUCCCAGUGGCAUGAACACUGAUGACCUUCCUCCAGGAUUUGAACAAGGUCAUUGUUUCACUAAUUUGAAGAAUGUAACUUCACUUAUUCCCAGGAUUCAGUGGAAGUGCCCUCCCAAAUUUGUUGUGAAUCCCAAGUGGCAAGUUGUAGCUGGUGAGGAGAGUGAAGAGGUAGAAGCUGAAAAGCUGCGUGAAAGUAGAGUGCUUGAAGCAGUUUAUCCACGUCUUUCUUCUGUUCCUCCUAGUCCCUCAGUUUUGUUGGACAAGGAUGAAUAUUAUGAUGAUAGCCAAACUCUGCUCGUUCCUCUAACUGCUAUUGAAGAUGAGGAGGAUACUGAAGUACCAUCUGCUGAAUUCCCACCUCAGGCAAACACUUCUCAAGGUCUGUAUGUAUCUAGGACUCCCAACACUGUACAUCACAAUGGUGCAGACCUAGAGCUGCCUGCCAAUGAAAAGCCAGCAACUGGGAUAUCACCUGAUGCAAUGGUAGCUGCUUCGGCUGUCUUAACUACAAUAAUGAAAAGCAAAGAGCAAGGCCGCAUGAUUGACGCUGACUUGCUUGUCAAGAUUCUCAGUGACCCGAAGACAGUUGAGACAUUGGUUAAAGAUCAUCGAGCACCUCUCACAAAUGCAAAUGCUUCUGUUGCUGCGGUAAGUACUCCAACCUCUGGGGGGAUAAGUGCACCCUCAUUUGUGUCAAAAUCAGUAACUGCUGCAGCUCCUUUGCCUCGCCCAAAAUCUGCUCCUGUUUUGCCACUGAUGCCAUUAGCAAAUAGGAACCCAAACCGUUUGCUAAACGGAGUGAAACCUGUAUCAAGUAUGACCCCCACUCAGUCAUCAAUUCCUAAUCCUAUAUCCACCACACCGGAGAUGACCAUGGUAUCAGCAUCUAGAACAGUAAAUGGCAAUGUCUACUACACACCAAAACGGAUGCAGCCUGCCAUAAGUGUGAUGCCUGCCCUACCAAACUCUGUCCCACAGGUGCAGCCCACCAUCAGCACAGUUCCAGUGCAGCCGAAUUCUGCUUCCCCAUUUGCAGCACUGGCAAAACCAAAUCCAGUGAAAGAUACAAACUACUUUAAGAACCUCAUUAGGGAACAUGGAAGAGAAAAACAAGAGAAAGAGGACUUUAAUAUCCCAGAAACCGGUCCCCAUUAUAAUCACAUGGAUAAUCAGGUAAUGGUACAGAACUUAAAAUCUGGACAAGUGAAACUAAAGAAUCAAAAACCCUGUCUGUUUUUCAGCACUGCAAAGGGAUGUCGAAAUGGUACCAAAUGCCCCUAUGUGCAUGAGUUUUCGGGUAAUUGGCGGACUGGUAAUGUACUGGAAGCUCCAAAUGCUAAGAGAAUCAAAUUAAGUGGGGAAAUAACAGGAAGGUAAUAACAACAAUCCUCUUCUUUCGUAGGAUCUUGUACAGGUUUUUCGGCUUUGGCUUAAGGCGUAGUUUGACAGGGAGUAUGGUCAAUUAUUUUAUUUGCUUUCGGUGGAAUUCUGAAAAUUUUUUUAAUCAAGAAUUUGUGAAGUUUUUGAAAUUUAACAGGAUUUGUUAAAUGCAUUAGUUCCAAUAAUAAAUGCCAACUUGUUAA